UUUACAACAUUGCAAAGUCUAUACACAUGAAAAAUAUUUCUAUAAUGUAUUGUAAUAUUUAGUGAAUUUGAUGUUGGUUGUUGAAUAAUCUGUUCUAUGAUGUAAGAACUUUAACUUGGAACAGUUACAUUUUUGUCCAUUAUCUUUUUGUGUAACUUUGUUUCCUGCGAGAGGAGCAGUCCUAAACUGAAUUUCUCCCUACAUACCACAUCCGCAAGGAAAGACGGAAUAAAUUACUUUAUAGACCUCAAUAAUGUUGCACUGUUCAUACAACAAUUCGAUUGAAGAAGAUUUACUUUAACGCGACAUUUCUAACGAUUUGAAAGUGAGGAGGGCCUGUAGUAUCGAUUUCACUGUUGGGAGAUUGUCUCUUUUGUUGCACGAUACAUUGUGUCUCGCUCCCUUCUGUGCAACAUUUAGCUGAGUUCAGAGGACUCGGGCCGUAAAUUCGCCUUGAAGGUCUGAAGAACCAUGGAAAUAUAUUUUGCAGGCAAGCGGGUCCUAGUCACCGGAGAAGGAAAAAGACAACUACGGGCCCCAGCACUCGCUCUGGCGUGCUGCAGGGCAGAGGUCAUGGCUGUCACAAGCACGCAGGCUGACCUGGAAAGCAUUCUGCUGGAGUGUCCGUCAAUCAGGCCGGUGUGUGUGGACCUAGGGGACUGGGGGGCCACAGAGGAGGCGCUACGGGAGGCUGGUGGUAACCUGAAUCUCCUGGUGAAUAACGUGGCCUGCGUCAUGCUGGAGCCCUUCCUAGAGGUCACCCCCGACCAGUUUGACAUAUCCUUCAACAUCAAUGUGAAGGUAGCCCUCCAUGUCUCUCAAAUCAUGGCCCGGGGUCUGAAGGCCAGAGGAAAAGGAGGCUCCAAAGUGAACAUCUCCAGCCAUGUGUCUCAAUGUGCUCUCAGAGAACACAUUCUCUACUGUGCCACUAAAGGAGCUCUGGACAUGCUGACUAAGGUUAUGGCCCUGGAGCUGGGACCCUAUCAGAUCCGUGUGAACAGUGUAAACCCCACAGUGGUGUUGACUGAGAUGGGGAGGCUGGGCUGGCGCAACCCUGACAAGGCCAAUACCAUGACCUCACGCAUCCCUCUAGGUGUGUUCCUUCCUGCCGAGGUGGAUGGCGUUGUGAACUCUAUCCUCCUGUUCCUGCUCAGUGAUAAGAGUUCUAUGACCAACGGGGUCACUCUGACUGUGGACAGGGGCUUCCUGGCCUGCUGACCUCUCACCUCCUCACUCUGCCUCCUGAUUGGCUGGCGUAGUCAUAUCCUGUGUUCCAUGGUGUCCACUAGUACCUUUUUCAUUCUACUUCAACCACUGAUUAUAGUCAGACUGGAUUUAGUUUUAUGUUACUGAUUACAUG